GUCAGAAUGUGAAACGUGAGUCUGGAAGAAAAGUUCAGACUGGAAACAUCACUGCUGCUAAGACCAUUGCUGACAUUAUCCGAACGUGUUUGGGACCAAGAGCUAUGAUGAAGAUGCUCUUGGACCCCAUGGGUGGGAUUGUGAUGACCAACGAUGGCAAUGCCAUUCUUAGAGAAAUUCAAGUCCAGCAUCCAGCUGCAAAAUCAAUGAUAGAGAUCAGCCGAACUCAGGAUGAAGAAGUCGGAGAUGGGACCACCUCUGUGAUUAUCCUUGCUGGAGAGAUGCUCUCUGUUGCUGAACACUUCCUCGAACAGCAGAUGCACCCCACUGUGAUCAUCGGGGCUUAUCGUAAGGCUCUGGAUGACAUGAUCAGUAUUCUGAAGAAAAUUGGCACGCCGGUGGAUGUGAACAACAAGGAGAUGAUGCUGAAAAUAAUCAAGAGUGCAAUAAACACCAAGGCGAUAAGCCGCUGGUCCGACCUGGCCUGCAGCAUUGCUCUGGAUGCCGUCAGGACCGUGGAGUUUGAGGAAAACGGCCGGAAGGAGAUUGAUAUUAAAAAAUAUGCAAAAGUGGAAAAGAUUCCAGGUGGUUUCAGUGAAGACUCGUGUGUUUUGCGUGGAAUCAUGGUGAAUAAGGAUGUCACUCAUCCCCGGAUGCGUCGCCUGAUUAAGAAUCCGCGCAUCGUCCUUCUGGAUUGCUCACUGGAGUACAAGAAAGGAGAGAGCCAGACUGAUAUCGAAAUCACGCGGGAGGAAGACUUCGCCCGCAUCCUGCAGAUGGAGGAAGAGUACAUCCAGCAGAUUUGCGAGGAUCUGGUGAGGGUCAAGCCAGAUCUGGUCAUCACGGAAAAAGGAAUUUCGGACUUGGCACAGCACUACCUGAUGAGAGCCAACGUCGCCGCCAUCCGCAGGGUGCGAAAGACGGACAACAACAGGAUCGCCAGGGCCUGCGGAGCUCGCAUCGUGAGUCGCACGGACGAGCUGCGGGAGGAGGACGUGGGGACCGGAGCCGGGCUCUUCGAAGUGAAAAAAAUAGGAGAUGAGUAUUUUGCCUUCAUCACCGACUGCAAAGACCCGAAGGCCUGCACCAUCGUUCUGCGUGGGGCUAGCAAGGAGAUCCUGGCG